AUGGCUGAGCGGGUUCUGCGGAACGUGGCUCAACGGCCGGCAUGGAGGCUAGCUCCAGGAGCAUUUGGCUUCGCGGCGUUCGUCGCCGGAAAAAUUCUCGUGUGCUUCGUCUCCCUCAUCGGUGUUGCGUUCGUGAGUGUGAGUGAGUUCUUGGGCAAAGCCAACAUUUGGUAUCAGAGCCGGAUGAUGAAGAUUGGUGACAGUCCAAAGGGCGAGGGCGGAGAUGGCUGGACCUCCGGUGCCGCCGUGGAGCUCGUCGUGCCCAAUUCCAGCAUCGUGGAGCUGCCGAUGCUAACCAGGGCUAACUAUCAUCAGUGGGCCUUGGUUAUGCGGGUGAGCUUGGAGGCGCUAGAGUUGUGGGACACGGUGGAGGCGGUCACCAAGAACCGCGCCAAGGAUCGGCGAGCAUUGGCUGCCAUCUUGUGUGCAGUGCCAUUGGAGAUGAAGGCCGGGCUCGCCGUGAAGACGUCAGCGAAGGAGGCGUGGGACUUGGUGAAGAAGAUGCGUGCCGGCGACGACCGCGUGAAGUCGGCGAGCGUGCAACGCCUCAUGAAGGAGUUUGAGAACAUGACGUUCCGCGACGGGGAGACCGUCGGCGACUUCGCGAUGCGCAUCAACGGGCUUAUCGCGAGCCUGCGCGACCUCGGGGAGGAGAUGGAAGAGAGCCACGUGGUGAAGAAGGUCCUACGCGUGGUCCCGAAGAGAUUAAAGCAAGUCGCGGUGGCAAUUGAGAUGCUCGUGGACAUGGAUGAUAUGUCCGUCAAGGAGAUCGUUGGGCCGCUAUAA